GCCUUAAUACCCUACCCUAUAAUAGCAAUAUCGUAUUUUAGACUAUGUUCCAAAAAAUCAACAUUCUCAUUUUUUUUGAAUUCUUAAUGGAUUUUACCUUCUCCAGGUAUUCCAGGUUCGCCUUAUCGUACCCUGAAUCGAUUUUUCAAAUAAGAUUUUGUCUACUUAGACAGUUGUACCGGCUACCUCUAUUUGAGUCGAUCAAACUCUAUUUACUAAUUAAUAAAUUAAUUUUGAGAUAUAUUCAAAACGGUUAAUUUCACAUUUUUUUUUGUAUCCUUUUUUUAUUUUCUUCUGUAUACUUUUAAAUUAAGGUUUUAAACUGAUUCAAAUUUAUCCAUAUUAACCAAGCCGAAACAGGUUUUUAUAAGUUUUUUAUUUAAUAUAGUAUCAACGGAUGGACAUGGCCUAUAGCAUGUUUACCGGUUUUGGUUCAUCGUAUCAUUUUAAUAAAAUAAUAACGAAGGCCUUCUCCAGUUAGAAAAGUUGUUUCGUGCGGUCCACAGUGUAGAUUGUAUACAAUAAUGGACGAUACGGAAGAAUCCAGUGGGAUUAAAUUAAAUAAAACAAAAGAGAAAUACACAUUAAAAGAUGAAACAAAUAAACAUGAAAUGGAAUCACUACUUGUGGAUAAAAGUGAUCCAAUAAAAAUAACGCCCGCAAGUAAAUCUGAAGAUGCCGAGGAGGAUACAAAGCAAGACAUACCUAGCAUAUCUUUUUUUGCCUUGUUCCGCUUUGCGAGCAUAAAAGACAAGAUCUACAUAACCAUUGCAAUCCUAAGCUCAAUUAUAUGCGGUUGUACAACGCCGCUGUGCGUAUUACUGUUUUCAUAUUUAUCCCAAAAUAUGGUCUUAUAUGGGAUAUCGUUGAAAGAAGGAACGCCAGACGAUGAAGCAUUCUAUAAAGCACUUUUCUAUUAUGCAAUCAUUAACUCCCUUGUUGCUGUGACUUUCGUAUUUUUCACAUAUGUCGCAACUGUUCUUAUGAACAUCGCAGCAUAUAAUCAGGUAUACCGCAUGCGACAAGAAUAUUUUAAGGCAGUCUUAAAUCAAGACUUUGGAUAUUUCGAUACACAUCAAAUGGGUGAUUUCGCAGAGAAGAUGACAAGCGAUGCUAUGAAAGUUGAGGACGGAAUAGGUGAAAAAGUAGCUACAAGUAUUUAUUAUUUCACAGGCUCUAUUAGUACAUUUCUAAUGGCAUUAUAUUUAGGCUGGAAACUAGCCUUAUUAUGUUUAAUAUCAUUCCCUGUACAAUAUGCCGUACUUGGGUUAUCAGGUUGGAUAUCUGCCAAAUUGUCCAUUAAAGAAACUGAAGCCACAGGAAAAGCCGGUGCUGUAGCCGAAGAAGUUCUAUCGUCUAUCCGAACAGUGUACGCAUUUAGCGGACAACAAAAAGAAAUGGAAAGAUAUGAAAGUCACUUGAAACACAUUCGAAAAAUUAACAUAACAAAAGGUUUCUACAAUGCUUUAACUAUGGGAAUAUUGUUUCUGUGCAUCUUCUCCUCAUACGCUCUCGCGUUCUGGUUCGGAUACGUUCUUAUUGUGAAUGAUCCUGAAACAUAUGAUGUGUCUACUAUGCUCUCUGUUUUCUUGGGCGUGCUAAUGGCAUCCGAGAAUUUCGCAGUAUUACAAACUCUCGUUGUAGUAUUUGGGGUUGCCACCGGUGCGGGUGCACAAAUUUUCAAUUUAAUAGAUAAUGUACCUACUAUUAAUCCAUUGAAAAAUGUAGGUGUAACACCUAAAAGCUGUGACGGAAAUAUUGAAUUUAAAAACGUCGUAUUCAACUACCCUUCGAAACCCGAUGUACCAGUUUUAAAAGGAAUAAAUAUGAAGGUGAAUCACGGCCAGACAGCGGCGCUGGUAGGACACUCCGGAUGCGGCAAAUCUACUGUCGUACAACUCAUAUCACGAUACUAUGAUGUUAUCAAUGGAACAGUUACCGUAGACGGUAAUGAUGUCCGUGACCUAUCUGUACGCUGGCUGCGCGAUCAAAUCGGUCUGGUGAGCCAGGAGCCUGUACUAUUCAAUACUACAAUUCGAGAGAAUAUCCGCUAUGGAAGAGAAGACGCUACCGAAGCGGAAAUCGAAGCCUGCGCGAGACAAGCCAACGCGCAUCACUUUAUCACAAAGUUGCCUAAGGGAUAUGACACAGUUGUAGGCGAGCGUGGAGCAUCCUUAUCAGGUGGACAGAAACAACGUGUCGCUAUAGCGCGCGCUCUCAUACGUAAUCCACGCAUACUGCUCCUCGAUGAAGCAACCAGCGCACUUGAUAUUUCUUCUGAAGCAAAGGUUCAAAAAGCAUUAGACAAGGCACAAGAAAACCGCACGACUAUUAUAGUAGCUCAUAGAUUAUCAACAAUACGACAUGCUGAUAUCAUAUACGUAUUCAAAAACGGGGAAAUCGUUGAAUCGGGAAGCCAUGAUGACUUGAUGAAAAAGAAAGGACAAUACUACGAUAUGGUGAUGAUACAAAUAUCUAACACAGGUCUUGAAGCUUAUGAUAAACCAAACAUUACUCGUCAACAAUCAGAAGCAGACGAUACCGAUGACGAAGACGAUAUCAAGAAUGCCCAAAUUAUAGAAGAUACGGAACCAGAAGAAAUUGAACAGGAUACAUCUUUUUGGGAGAUAGUACGACUGAACGGUCCAGAAUGGAAGUCUGUGACUUUAGCUAGUAUCUCUUCAUUAUUUAGUGGUUUCGCUAUGCCAAUGUUUGGAGUGAUAAUCGGCGACUACAUAGGGGUAUUUUCUAACACCGAUAAAGAUGAGAUGCUGUAUGAAGUGCGUAGACUUGUAUUCACGUUUAUCAUCAUAGGACUACUUUCUGGAAUCGCCAAUUUUAUCACGAUACACUUCUACGGAGUUGCUGGAGAGUAUUUGACAGAAAGGCUACGGAAACGAAUGUUCGGAACCCUUUUGCAGCAAGAUGUAGCCUAUUACGAUGACAAAAACAAUUCCACCGGUGCACUUUGCGCCCGGUUAGCUGGAGAAGCAGCUGCAGUGCAAGCAGCUACUGGACAACGCAUAGGUACACUGCUGCAAGCAGCAGGCACGUUAGUACUCGCUCUAGUGAUCUCAUUUUAUUAUGAAUAUCGUGUAGGACUAGUUGCACUUGUUUUUGUGCCUUUAAUAGCAGGUGUUUUCUAUAAAGAACGUCAGAUGGCAGGUGCUGAAUCUACUGGUACAGCAAAGGCUAUGGAAGCUAGCUCAAAGUUGGCUCUAGACGCAAUAUCAAACGUGCGUACGGUAGCAUCUCUUGGGAAGGAGAGAAUGUUUUUGAAUUGUUACUCUAUACUACUUCUACCUGGCCUACAAAUUGCUAAACGAGCAUCACAUUGGCGUGGUCUAGUGUUUGGUCUCUCCCGAGGUCUCAUGAAUUUCACCAAUGCCAUAGCUUUAUAUUAUGGUGGAACGCUAAUCGUAAAUGAGCACAUAGAUUAUGCAAUCGUAAUGAAAGCGGCACAAGCAAUACUUAUAAGCGCUAGUACUGCAGCACAGGCUUUUGCCUUUGCACCAAACUUCCAUAAAGGAAUAAAAGCAGCAGGACGUGUCGUAGUAUUACUCAAUCUUAAGUCAAAAAUCACAGACCCAGCAGAACCUGUUAAAGAAUUUGAAGAGAAUGGCACGGCACAAUUAAAGAACAUACAUUUUAAAUAUCCAUCUAGACCUGACGUAAAAGUAUUAAAUAAUUUGGAUCUCGAUAUUAAUAAGGGUAAAACUAUAGCGUUGGUCGGUGCUAGUGGAUGUGGCAAAAGCACAAUUAUACAACUACUAGAACGAUUCUACGAUCCAGAUAUGGGAGUUGUUAUACAAAAUGGCAUACCUAUUCAAAAAUUAACCCUAGCAGAUGCGAGAAAAACGAUAGGCUUCGUCCAACAAGAACCGAUAUUGUUUGACCGAACCAUCGGGGAAAACAUUGCGUACGGGGACAAUUCGCGACAACCAAGUAUGGAUGAAAUCAUAGAAGCUGCCAAACAAGCAAAUAUACACAACUUCAUUAUAUCAUUGCCUUCAGGUUACGACACAAAUGUAGGAUCAAAAGGCACGCAGUUAUCCGGUGGUCAAAAGCAGCGUGUAGCUAUAGCGAGAGCAUUGAUAAGGCACCCAAAGAUUCUAAUACUUGACGAGGCUACCAGCGCUCUUGACACAGAGAGUGAAAAGGUGGUGCAGGAUGCGCUAUCGGCGGCGAGCGCGGGCCGCACAUGCGUGACGAUCGCGCACCGGCUGAGCACCGUGCGCGACGCGCACCGCAUCUGCGUACUCAGCGACGGACGCGUACUAGAAGCCGGCACGCACGACCACCUCAUGCGGCUCAAGGGGAUCUACUACGAACUAAACAACGCAGCUUAACAAAAAAUAUUUU